UUUGAGGCAUCAAGGAUGUUCCACCUCUAUGGGACUCUGUCAGCCGUCACUUCUGCGCUCCUGUUGGGAAUAACGUGUCUGGCCGUCGUCUGCGAUCUCGCCAAGGGCUCCCCGGACUUCUCAGGCUAUUUGUCCAAAGUGUUAAAGAACUACACCGAACAGGCCUGUGACGGAGACCUCCUGUCUGUUCGCUGCCCACCACGCACCACCAUCACCGUCCAAUCUGCUUUUUACGGAAGGAAAGGCGUCUCGGACCACCAUCAGUGUCCUCAGACCUACCAGGCCUUCGUAGGUUAUUAUGACGCUCGGGAGGAUGACUAUUGCUCCGUGUCCACUGCACUACAGAAAAUGCUGGAUGAGUGCCAAGACAGAAGGAGCUGUCAAGUUCUUGUCAACAGCCGAGUGUUCGGGACGGACCAGUGUCCUGGCAGCAGCAAGUACCUCUCGGUGUGGUACAAGUGCAGACCCAAUGAAUACAAGAGCAAAGUGGUGUGUGAGGAGGAGAGGAUGAGGCUGAGCUGCAAAAGAGGGAUGCAGAUUGCCGUUUACUCCGCCAUGUUCGGCCGAACCCAACAGGGCGCCCUGGAGUGUCCACUGCAUCACAGGAGAGCUCCGUCCGUUGAUUGCCAGUCGUCCAUUGCCCUGCAGGUUCUGACCUCCCGCUGUCAGGGCAAGAAGAGUUGUGCGGUCCGGGCCUCAUCCAGGGAAUUUGGGGAUCCCUGUUACUCUGGCACCAGGAAGUACCUGAGUGUCAUCUACACAUGUGUCCCAAAGAAGUUGCUGCAGGAACAAAGCUCCAGGCCGCCCGUGUACUCCCCCCCGUCCAACGCCCAUGACCCCAACGUAGUGGGAGACAGCCCUCCUCAGGGGACCUCGGCCAAACGCCCCAACGCAGUUCCAGAUCGGAAGCGUACAAGAGAGACCAGCGCCAACCAGGAGAGGUAUCCGGAGGUCGGAAGAGGAGAGGCGGGGGAGACUCCGUCGUUGCGGCCCCCGGAGAUUAAUCCUAUUAUCAACUCCACUUCCAGCUCCAGCAUGGCUCUCAUUAGCAACGCGCUGGCGGCCUACACAUACGCAUCAAACCACCCAGAGAGGGCAGCGCUCUUCUUCGUCUGCGGUGUCUGUCUGGGCCUUUUCCUCACGCUCUUCGCCCUGGUAGUCCAGAUCUCCUGGCGCACGGACUGCCAGCCCCGCCAGCGGCCCCCGGCCAAAAAACGAACGCGCCCUGCUGACUCGUCCUCCGACUCCAGCGACUCGGACUCGGACUGGGACACCACUUCGGACCUGUCGGCGCGGCGGCACCGGCGCUUUGAACGCACACUCAACAUGAACGUGUUCACGUCGGCAGAGGAGCUGGAGCGAGCGCAGCGGCUCGAGGAGAGGGAGCGGAUCAUCAGGGAGAUCUGGAUGAACGGGCAGCCCGACAUCCCGGGAACGCGGAGUCUCAAUCGGUAUUACUGAUGACUGCUUUGGACUGAAAGCUUACUUAAACUUGCUUUGCAGUGGGUCGCUCGCACCUGUCCACCUGCAGACUUGAGAAGAUAGAAUUGCCUCUGUGGUCUUUCGCCUUCUCCUUUGGGUACCGUAAGAUAGAACCCAUCUGCACGAGAGUCCUUAUGGCAAGCUCGCCUCACCACCGGAUGCGAGAGGUGAAAGGCUAAACUGCCUUGCCGCUGACCUCAGGAGGCCGUUUUUGAAGUGGGCUGUUCCGCUUUUCGCUGCCUUGGACCCUCAGAGGCCUGUGGAGACUUCACGGUGAUUGAAGGAGCGAGGCCUGCAGGCAGCUGCAACCCUUUGGAUUCCAGCGGAACCCCGUACAGGACAAUCUUUUCCGCUUUUACAAAAAAACCAAAAGAUAUUUUUCUCAACCCUUAUGAAAUCUAUUUUAUAAUAUUUAAUAGUUGUUUGUUCUCAUGUAUUGUUUAUUAUGAGAUAUUUUUAUACUUAGCUGAAGGUUGUCUGGCGCCUCAGGGAUACAAUCCUAGUGUCUGUGUUUGGUUUUGCCUUCUAAGAGGGGGGGGGGAUCAACCCUUUUAAUCAUGUAAGUCUGCAUUGAAAGAGUUAUGAUACAAAGAACCUCAAAGAGGUUUUAGUGGUUUCACCUUAUUUUUGAUACAGUAUAUGCAGUGCCUUUUCAAGCUAUGAGGUCUGAUGACUAGAAAUACCAAAUAAUUCCAAGUGUACUUCCUUUUAGCCUUUUUGCAAAAGUGGACCACGUGCAGAAAAGGGGUCAGAACACUUCUCUUGACUCACAACCAUCCACCACUGUGAGAUAACAUUGAAAUCGCAUAGCCCACAAUGAUAUAAGCUAUUUACAAUACAGUUCUGUUUGUGCUGCCCUGGAUUAAAAGUGUAAAAAUGACAAUGUUUUUCAUCAAAAAAUUGUUUUUGACUUGAUAGCACGCAGAACAUAUGAAGGUCACCCACAUUGGGAAAGCCUGUCUAAGCUGUAUCAUUUUUAUUUUAGAAUGGUUCGUGUUUCAAUUUGAAUAAUAAUGCGCCAUUAACUGGCAAAGUGAGACCAAGAGAUGACUCCCUUGUUUGGAAUAAACUGUUUAAAAAUAGCACGUCUUCUGGCUUCUUAAAUCCAGUUGUACAUGUAUGUUUUUAUAUUUAAAACCCAAAAGUCGAGCUCACUAUAGCUUGUUGUCCUGCAGAAAGCAAGCAGUCUUAUAGUUGGUCGCCCCCUGGUGGUCA